AUGCGGAAGUACAACCACCCCAAUAUACUACCUCUUUACUGCUCGUUCGUCCACGAGCAGGAGCUGUGGAUGGUAAUGCCGUUCGUCGCAGGGGGCUCGGUGCUGCACAUUAUGAAGUACGGCCAUCCGGAGGGCCUCAACGAAACUAUUAUUGCUACCAUUGGCCGCGAGGUCUUGAAAGGUCUUGACUACGUACACAAAAACGGCAGCAUCCACCGCGACGUGAAGGCGGGAAACAUUCUGGUCGACGGCGAUGGGAACGUUAAGCUGGGGGACUUCGGCGUCGCAGCCAGUCUGGAACGUGGUGGCUCGUGGGGCCAUGACAAACAGGCGCGCAUGACAUUUGUGGGGACACCUUGCUGGAUGGCGCCGGAGGUGAUGGAGCAGACGUCCGGGUAUGACUUCUCGGCCGACAUUUGGUCGUUCGGCAUCACGCUGUUGGAGAUGUGCCACGGGCACGCGCCCUUCGCAAAGUUCCCGCCGAUGAAGGUGUUGCUGAUGACGUUGCAAAACCCCGCGCCCACGUUGGAGGAUAAGGGACAGAAGCACUUCUCAAAGGCGCUGAAGGACCUCGUGACGCGUUGUUUGCAAAAGGAGAAGGACAAGCGCCCCACGGCAGCGCAGCUGCUUGAGCACAGGUUUUUCAAGAUCGCCAAGGACGCCAAGUAUUUGAAAGACAACCUCGUGGGAGAGCUCCCACCCUUGUCGGACCGUGUGAACCGAAUCCGGACGGGCAUGGCUGCUACCAACAAACAGGACAAUGACCGCAAUUUGGAGAAAUCGCAGGAGGAGUAUCGGAAGGGCGUCAGCUCCUGGAAUUUCGAUCUGGCGGCGCUGAAGGCGCAAGCCGCACUGGAACCUGACGACGAGACCACGCACGGCGCUAACAUGUUACCAACUAUUACGGAAAGCGACGAGCGGGAGGAAACUAUGACGGGCACCUCGGCGGCCGUGGCGACUCCUGUCGAGGCGGAACGGACGGCGCCCCAACCUACGGGGGCUGUGGCUGGGCCGUACACGUCUACGUCUACGGCGUCUGUCUUUGCAACGAUGAACGGUCAAGAUGCCACGCUUAGGACCAACGCCAUCGUGCCGUUGCUCACAUCGGCGGCCUCGGAUGGCGGUGGCGUCAGCCCGGCCACGGGACUGAGCCGAGAAGGCAGCCUGGGAGGCAACCUCGCGGACGCUCGCGCAGGGCAAGCGGCGACACCCACGGGUGGCGUGUUGAAGCAGAAGAAGGGCCGCUUUGAGGUCAGCGUGCACGCGGAUGUGCCAGCAUCAUCAGCAGCGUCGGCAGCAGCGCAAGCGCUGGCACAGGUACCUACGAUGCCGGCGUCUGUUCCGCUUGCCGCAGCUCAUCCGUCGGUUCAGCUGGCCCAUGCGCCGAACAGCAUCGGCAGCAACACCUUGGCGUCUAUGUCGACUGGCAGCGGGGUGCUCAUAUCGGGCGGCACAGUGCCGGACCUGCAAUUGUUACGGGGUUCGACACCGGGGCUUGAUGCGGCGUCAGAGUCGCGUGACGAGUUCCCGGGGACACUGCUACCGGCGAAGACAGAGGUGGAGGAGUCGGUGACAAGCGUGGAACCAAAGCAGCGCGGCAGGUUCAAGAUCGUGGCGGAGCAAGGGACGACCUCGGACUCGCGGCCCCUGUCAAAAGCCUCCUCCAUGGCCAACUUGAGCGACUCGAAUAAAGAUCCCAGCAAGCAGCGCAGCGACGGGGGGAAUCUUUCGGGUAAGCCACCCACGGCGCCCACCUCCAUGACCACGUCAGUCUCGGUGGUCCUGCCCAAGCUGCAAGAGCUGAUGGACCACGCGUCCGCGCAUCAGGCGGCGCUCCAGCGGAGUGAAUGGGCCUUAACUCCAGCUGAGGCUCACCAGAAGCUGAUUGGGGCAGUACAGGAGUGCGAGAAGGGCCGGGUGCCGCUUCUGCUGUCCCGUACGCAAUCCACUAAAUCGCUCUUCGAGACGAGUCCUUCGGAGGCCGCGGACGACCUGCGGCUACAAGUGGUGGAGCUCCGGGCCAAGCUUUCCGCGUUGGAAGAUGAGAACACACGGCUGCGGGAGCGGAACAAGGUGCUGGAAACCUUGCAUAGCGCAGCGCAUACGGUGCGGUUCACGUUGCCGGCGGAGGCGGCCUCGGCUCCAGGAGGGGGAGCCACGAGCCCGAAGUUCGAAGGGGCACCGACCCAGCAACAGCUGGCAACCUCGCAACCGUCGUUAGCGUAAGCAGACGCAAGCGGGUCAGAACUCUGCGCCGUCUUGUACUUAUCGGGUUUUGAGCUGAAGUGACAGAUGAGCGACGCCCACGUCUGGGCUCCUGAAAAGAGGCGCUCUUGCGAGAAUCCCUUGUGCGCCGGGUGUGAGGUGUGCGACUGCCAGGACUUUGGUUCAGGGUACUGGAUGAUCAGACUGUGUGUAGCUGUACACUAGUGCGCUUGCGCUUGGACGAGCAUCGCGUCGUGGGUAAGAGGGUGCUUUUAGUUGCGCUUGCCGUUUACUAGCAGCUGUCCGAAAAGGCUUUUAACACUAGGAUGACGGCGAUAUGGUUAAGCGAUGCGAAAACUGAGGACUUUGCGGAGUGGGGGAGUUUCGCGUGCAUGGAGGAUUCGUGAAUUCUACAUAUUCAGUGGAGCGUGCGCAUCAAUAUUGCAAAUUCCGCUCUUUUGCGGCGAACAUUCAACAUUCAAAUACUUUCUAACCAGCGCCAAUGCAGCUCCCAACCACCGCAUCCAACCACCGCACGUUUCGACAGAACCUUCUGUGCAACCCUUCAUGCAGCAGAGCGAUCCAAUACAUUCGUCGCAAACGUAUGGCGUAAAAAUUGCGCAAAUAGCGGACGCAGCCCAAGAACCUCCUAACGCACAUCAUUCCCCCCAAGACGUGGCUGUCCUCUAUGCUGUUCGCGGCUGUCCCACGAUGCUCGUAUAUGUCUCCUCACGCCCGGCCGCCGCCCAAUACUCGUCUAGUUUGCCGUCCAGCUUGGCCUUACGGUAUGCCCGGCGGUCCGCCUCCAUGGGGUCCAGCCGAUCCUUGACCGCCUGCAGCGCCUGUGGGUCCACAUCCCCUGGCCGCCCGCCGGAGCGCUCGAAGUAGCGAAGCGCGUAGGCCUUGUGGAAGAGGUCCUUCUCGCUCUCUGACAGCUUGUACUUGAGCUGUGCAAACGAGUAAGCUGCCUCCAACGGUGUGUAAUUCUGCAGCACUUCGUAAACCUUAGAUGUGCUCUCCUCUGCCUCCUCAUCGCCGGGCAGCGUCCAGCCAAGGACGUGACGUUCAAACCAUUCGAUUAGUUCGAAAAACUUGCCCACCACACGCUCGCCAGCCUGCUGUGGGGCGCCAACGGCUACUAGGAGCUCUGUUUGCACAAACCAAUUCAACGACCUAUGCAGAAAGCUCGAAAAUGCGAGAAAUAAGCCAAGAUUUGUGAUCAGUACCCACGUCCCUCGCAUCAGCUCCAGGAAUUCUUCCUGGAUAGGCUGCUCGCCACCCGGCUGGUCCGCACCGCCGCCCGAAAAAAAGCCUCCUCCACCGCCACCACCUCCACCACCACCUCCUCCUGGAGCUCCGCCUGAUCCGCCCGCACCGCCAAACAUGUUCUGCAGCGGAUUCUUCGGCUGCUGGCUGGCAGGCUUGGGCGGCUCGACAGGCUUCGCUGCCUUCUUGCUUGCAUCUGGACCUUUCUUCUUUUGCCCAAACGAUUGCUCUAGAGCUCUGCGCGCAGCAUCCUCCUUAUCCUUGCCACCUUUGUUUCCCAAUGGAUUCCAGUUUGCAAUGGGUACGAGAUGCCUCCGGCUGAACGCUGCUUGAACAAGUGUCCCUGCGCAGCUUCGGCAGUUCCCAAAGGGCUGCGUCAGCUGCCCAGCACGCAUUAUGCAAAUUCUACUCUAGAUUCGCAGUUAGGCCAGUGAAUAGAAUUGUUCGCGAGGCCAGGACUAAAAGCUGACGGCGCUGGCCGAGCUCUCACUGCAUUUCCAACAUGCUUGGUG